AUGGUUGAUACUGUAAUAAAACUUCGUAGUUUGGGACAUAGAGUGGUUUUAGUUACUAGUGGUACGAUUGGAGCCGUGGCAGCUUUUGGUCAAGGAAGAUUGAUGAGAAUGUAUGAUGGCUUAUUUAGUCAAUUGAAUCAACAAAUUCUCUUACCGAUUGACCAUAUCGCCUGGGAGUUCAUUGGAUCUCAGCAUUCUUCUACUCCAGGUAGUGAUUCUACCUCAUCAAUUACUCAACAACAAGGUGGACUAUCUGGAACUGAUCUUAAGGCUGCCAUACUGCAAAAAGGAGCUGCAGUUAAAAGUACAUGGUUUUUAACUCCAGAUAACAACCAGAGUCAAAAAGAAGUGCUUUACACACAUCUUACGUGGGGCGAAUUUACAUCUCUCUUUUGUUCUGAUUUUCAAGAUGAAGAAGAAUAUGAUAAUAAAAUUUUAAUCACAUGUAAAAUUCGAGCAGCAAAUUUAAUUUGUCAAUGGGCAUUUUUAUUCUUGGCAAUUCUUUGGGCGAGAUUUUUACAUUUGGGAUAUAUAGAUGAAUCUCUUGAUAUUGGAAGUAAAUUAGUUUUUAACGAUAGUAAUUAUAAUAAUUUUGAUUCUGAUGAUUUAAAUCCUGAUAGGGAACAUGGUAAUACUAAUUCUGGUGGGAAAGGAGAAUGA